UAUUAUUUUCGGUCAGCGGUACAAUGAUGGUCCUACGCUGUGCAUUCCUCUGCAAGGGCAGGUUUUGACUAAGAUCGCUUUUGCGUUGAUAGCCAGCAUGUCUGCAAAAUUCUUGAUUAUUGGCGGCUCUUUUUUCCUCAUCCUGCUGAACCUUGUCUCAGCUUAUGUCUUGUUCUUUCUUCAACCUCAGCCUCCCGUUUCCUGCAAUUCAAACAUCCGUUCUGGCACAACAACUUUGUCGUUCGCAAGCGUUCCGAAAGUGUUUUGCGAUCUCUCUCCGCCACGGGUUGCAAAUAGAGAUGAUUAUCGUCCUUCGCUGGAACCGUUUCUGCAAGAAUCGAAAGCUGAUGCGGACCAAGAUCCUCGCUUGAGUGGCUUAGCAGUGGUUUCCAAACUGAUCAAUGUACGUCAACCUCUAGUUGAUGUAAGCAAGUCAAGAAUACAUGUCGACAAAAUCGCUCUCGUCACGCUUAAGGAUCAUACAUCGUUUUCGUGUGGAGAUCUAGCACUUAAUGCACAGAACGCUGGAUACUCUGUGGUGACAUAUUUUGGCGACGGAUAUUGUGGACCAGAUGGAAAUGUAUCAAAACCUCAUACGCAAGAGGAGAUAUUGAUUCCCAUUGUGUUUGUUGGCAACUGUAUCAAUUGCACCAGUUCACACAAUUCCUCCUGGUUUAAUCAAUAUGAAUUUUUUAAAGCUACAGACAAAACAUUUGUAAAUAUCAUAGAAACUCAACAAGGGUCUGAUGAGCUCAGCAAGAUGACAAAAUACCGAAAAAGACUUUACUACUGGUUUCUUUUGGGUCCAAUUAUCACGCUCGAAUGGCUCAGACGAAAGAAGAAACUCUGUUGUGUGACGAUAUCACAUCAAGUCGAUGAAGAAUCUGCAGCAGGAAACGAGGAAAAUGUGCGGCUAGUCCAAAGAGUUGACGAGGAUCAGGAACAGGACAUACAAGACAUCACCGGCGAGGAAAUUGAAAGUGAGUCACAACCUCUAAUCAAUACAAUGUACACAGACACUGAUAUAACAACAUUUGACCACAUGGGCAGAAUUAUAGUUUGUGUGACAAGGCUAUUUGGAAGAAGCAUCCGUUACCUCGCAGUUGGUCUUGGUUACGUGCUUCUCUCUCUGGUAGCACUCCCUGUAGGUAUAUCAGGUGGGGGAUUAUCUUUUUUCCGAUUUGAUAGUAGAGUACCUGUUAGUUUCUUAGGUAUUCUCACUUUAUGGUGGCCAUCAAUUCAAAUCUUUUGUUUUUUCAUGUACAGUAGGUUUAAUUGUGCGAGCGCUUGGACCGUUUUGACAAACGUUUCAAAGUUGAUUCGAAGUCACUGGUUUUCAUCCAACAUGUAUUUGCUUGUUUUGUGCUUCGUUGUACCGUAUUGUUCUCUCAGCCAAAGACUAUUCUCUGACAGGUUUACGUUUAGCACGUUUUUAUAUUUAACGGUUUACAAUGUAACGUGCACAGUUUGCAAUUUUCUUUUUAUUAUCAUCCUCAACAAACACAAAGUUGUCACAAGGUAUGUGUUCUACAUCAGUGUGUGUAUGAUCUGUGCUUAUGUUGAGAGUGACAUAGUAGCUGUGUUUUAUUUCAUCCUCAAUUCUCAAGGCUCCCUGAACAACUUAAAACUCACUGCUCUUCGCACUGUAGCACUUGGCCUCACUUUGACUCUGAGUUUCAGUUCUUCAAUGCACAUAAUCCACAAACUUAUGAAGCCACAGGAGUCUGUAUUCGAGGGACUGUCAGAGAAGUGAGUCACGGUUUUUUAAUUAGAUUACGUAAGCAGAAUCUCUUGCUAUCCUUCAGUACCAGUUUUCAAAUAAUCUACGUGACAAAGUUUAACGUGGGCUAGACCAAAAAUUCCAUUGUUCUUUCCAGAAAAUAGAACUUUUCCGAAACUGAGUCGUGUUAUUGAGCAGUGUUAUGCCACUUUUGUACAGCCUCGUCAAGGAAAGAGCAUUGAAAUUCUUUGAAUAGCUGUUAACAGCUGUAAUUUAGAACAGUGCCGUUACCAACCAAAUAAUUGGUAUAGGUAAUUUUGGUGAAAUAUACAAAGGAUUUGUAAACUUUGUAAUACGUGGUAGCGCUAUUUAGAAUCUUCAACAUUUCACUGAAAUGUGUAAAUGAUAAUUGAGAGAAUAACUCAUAUAUUAACUUAUCCAGUAGUAGUAUAUUUCUUCUAUGUUAGCUUUUGACGGAAAUUUUAAACAAUGUACCGAAAUAUCACAUUUUUGUAAGGAUUGAUAUCAUCAAAUGAUUGAUAUCAUCAAAUGAUUGAUAUCAUCAAGUGAUUGGUAAUGUCGAAAACAUUCUAGGAAUGUUGUGUGUUGGAAUCGAUAGAAAUGGUGCUCGGGACGAAACUGUGUCAUAAAUUUUUUUUUCUUUAUUUGCAUCAUGAUAUUUUAAAUUGUGUGAGUGUUUUAUAUGAUAGCAAUGCUUACCAACUAAAUAAUUGGUAGAAGUAAUUUUGGUAAAAUGUACGUUGGAUAUGUAAACUUGGUAUUAUAUGGUAUCCCUGGUUAGAUUUUUCAUCAUUUCACUGUGGAUAAGAAAACCGUAAACAUUACACAUUUGUAAAGUUAUAGAGGUAGCUUUCAUAGAAAAUGCUGAUAGACCAGUCGCAAUAUAACAGGAAUAUUCUAUAUCAAAACCUAUUAUUUUUUCUCAGUUUGACUUUGAAUUGCUAGCUUUUGACUAUAAAUCUUCAUAAUUUAGCAACAUGUCAUUAAUUUUUAUGACUGAUGUCAAGUACUGAUUAUAUUA